AUGCCGCCCAAGAAGAGAGGGCGUACGAGCGCGGCGCAGGCGGCAGCGACGCCGAGCCGUGACGACGAUGCCAUGGACCUCGACACGCCGCAGGCAGCCGAGACGCCGACAAUUUCGGGCUCCGAGCCGGCGGCCAAGGCGGUUUUUCGGACGGCGGCGCCCAGUCCGCUGGAGAGCUGCUGGACCUCGGAGCAGAAGGCGGGGCUUUUCUCGGCCGUCAUCCGGUGGAAGCCGUCCGGCAUGCACAGACACUUCCGCAUGAUUGCCAUCUCUGAGCACCUGCGCUGCCGCGGCUUCGAUCCCGACGUCUGCCAGCACACCCGCAUCCCGGGCAUCUGGAAGGAGCUCUGCACCGAGUACGAGCUCGAGGCCAUCAACGACCGCGACAACUCGCUCGACCUUGCCGCCGACAGCCAGCCGGGCCACGACACCCGCUACAAGGAGUUUGCCCUGCCGCUCGACGACUUCCGCGACGCCAUGCUGGACCGCGCCCUCGUCGAGAGCGUCGAGGCCGACGGCGAUGGCGGCAGUGGCGGCCGCUCGGCUGCCACCUCGCCCGCCCAGUGGGAUCCAGACGCAUCAUCGCCGCCGCCGACGACCGCCUCGUCUCAUCCCGCCUCGACGGGCAUCGCGUUCGAACCGGCGGCCGCGCGACCCAGCGUCGCCAAGCGCAAGCGCGGCGAGAUGGCGCACGCCGCUCUGCGCACGCGCUCGUCUACCGUCGAGAGCUCCGAGAUGGUCACGUCGUCGGCCGCAUCGCCCGCUGCUACAGCCCACGCCGCGCGCGGCUCUCGACGUGGGAAGCGCGGCGGUGGUGCGGCCAAGCCCGGCCGACGGAAACCAGCGCCGCGAGCGAAGCACGAAGACGACGACAGCGACGACGACAGCGAUGAUGUCGAGGGCCGGUCAGAGCACCACCACCAAGAGCGACACGAGGAGGCGGUCGUGGCCGAGGUCGUGGUCGUGGACGAGGACGAGGACGAGGACGGGGACGGGGAAGAUGAUAGACCUGAAGAUGGACAGGUGGACAGCAGAUGA